CCUUUCCAAAACCCGAAUUUUUUAUUAAUUUUUCUCUCUUCCUUCAUUUUAUUUUUUUAUUUUUUUUAUUUUUUUCUCUUUCUCUUUCCCUUUCUAACUCUCGGUCUUCAUUCUUCUCUUCUAUCUCCCCGAAUCUCAAACCCUCUCAAAAUAUCACAAACCCUUUCUCUUAAUCUCUCACCUUCUCUCAAUCCCCUUCACCAAUCUCCCUCUCUCGGAAGCACCAAGACCCCCUUCGUCCACCUCAACCUUCGGCGAAUGCCAAAGGAGAGUCCAAGUGCCGCCAUCCUCCAUAGAAUCCGGUGAGAACUCUUGGCCAAGGGCCGAGUUCGUUCACCUAUCCUACUUGGAUUCCUCUCUAUUUUCUCUAUCCUUCUCUUCUCUGGCCGAUUUGGGCCAAGGAGAAGCCGAAUCAUUUACAGCGACGGGCGACCCUCUGCGAUUUUCGGCGAGGCUCCGGUCGUCGCAUCUGGCCACGGUUAGGCCAGAAUUCUUUGUUUUAUCCCGAAUCUCUCUUUUUCCGUCUCCUCUUCUCAUUUUUGAGUCGGAUGUAGCAUAGACAAAAGACUCUUGCCAAAAAAAAGAGUAGCCAGAGCUACACAACUUCCUCUAUCUUCAGCAGAGGAGCCAUCUUCAUUGUUUGAGGCUACUGCAUCUGCAUUUGCAUCUUUAAAGCCAUAUUUCAUGGAGGCUCAAGGUCCCAUUGUCAGGGGAGUGCCUAUUCUUUAUUUCUCUGGUAGGAAAUUAGAGCCAAAAUUUAGAUUUGACAGGGAGUUGUUUGCUGGGUCAGAGCAGACAGAGUGGUCAUUUGCAGAGCUCAGUCGUAGGGGCAUAUAUGCUGUCAUGACUUUGGCAGAUAUUACAAUUUAUCCCCAGUUGGUUGCCUUAUUUUUCCAGCACCUCCGAAUGGAAGAGGAUGGCCGCCAGUUGAUGCAUACAACCAUAAAUGGUCAAGACAUUGAUAUUUCUAUCCCUGCCAUUACUGCCGCCUGCCGUUGUCCCCAUCUCUCACCAAUGGUCGCUGACUCUGAGGAUCCACUUUAUUUGAUCAUUCCAUCUUACCCUACUGAGAUGACCAUGGUUGUUACACUCUCUUUACAGGCUACCUACGAAGACAAUAUAUUUACAGACCGGGUUGAUAUUGAUCCCCAUUACUGGUUCUUGGAUUUUGUACUGCACCUCUAUGCCUUUCCUUCUGGCCAUGGUAUAAAGAGGCGAAAGGGGAUUCUGAAUGCCCAAUACAGUUUAAGUCAGGGCUGCUAGAUAUCCAUUCCUACUCUCAUCUGGGAGAUCAUCCACAAGUAUUGGGAAAAUAUAAUCUUCGAGCACAAUUUCAAAGCCGAUACUUGGCCUUUACCAUUUAGCCAUUUGAUUACACACCUAUUGAUUGACCAGGGCUAUUCAUUUAACCUAGGCCUAUAGAGCAAAGAGAGAAGAGGGUGUAUGACAAGAAGCAAUGGACCAAGACUGUGAAGACUUGCAUUUUUAUCAUUUUCCGGACAUGUUGGCAUUCAUGCAUUUUAUUUUAUUUUAUUGUCGAAAAUUAUGAUUUAUUUUGCAAAUGUGUUUAAUUUAAAUUAAAUUUCAUUUGUUUAUUUCAUAAAGUGCAUUAUGGACUUUUUGUUUUACAAAUGGUAUAUAUGGUGUUUAAUUAUUUUAUAAAGGGCAAAGGUGACUUUUAUUAGGCAAAUGGCAUAAUUGACGUUUAGAAAUAAUGGGAGGACUUUUUGGUCAUUUUGCUUGGUCUUGCAUUUGACUAAUUGUGAGCAUGACACAUGGAGGUUCACAUGGCCAUAUAUUGUGUGUGUGUGAUGACUUGUGUAUAGCAUUGAGGGAGAUAGACAUAAAAACAAUUCAGCAGAAACCAAUUUUGUGCAUUUGGCUUCUUCUUUAUAGUCACUUUUAUAUUGCUCCAUUUGAGGUCUUUGUGUUAGGAAUUUGAGAGGGGUGUGUGAAUGAAAAAGGUUCCUAAGGGAGAGAGAGAGCUUCCUUGUGGUUAAGAGUUGUGCACAGUUUAUUAAUUCUGGGUUGUCAAAAAGGGUGUUGAAAGAAGAGGUGAGGGUGUAUUUUAUGAAGGAAAGUGUUCUUCACCUUCUAGUUGCUGAUUUUGAUCCAUUUUUGGUGUGGUUUUGAACCUUGAGGUAAGAUUGUCUAACCCUCAAUUCAUUUGCCUUUAGUGAGUUAAUCUCUUUAAAUUUUUGAGUUGCAAAGCUUAUGCAAACAAAAUUGAAAUUCUGUGAUGCUGAAAUUGUUAGGUUGAAUUACGUGCAACUGUUUUGCUCAAAUUGAUGUAAAUUCGUAAUUGAUCUUUCAGAGAUGAUUUGGUGUUAUGAUAAUAUAGUUAAUUAGCUUUCAUUGAGAAUUGGUUUCACUUAAAUUGGUUGAGAAAUGAAUUUAUUAUGAAUUUUUAAAGUUAGAGUGUUCUUGUUGGAAAUUCUGGGUUGGGGCAGUUUCUGUUCGAGUUUUUCUUAUCAAACCUGUUUUAGAUGGUAUGGUAUUUUGAUGAAAUAAAAUUUUAUCUUAAAAAUAUAGUCUUUGAACUUUAUUUCUCUUCACUCUAAGGCAACCAGUUCCUUUUAGGGCGACACAUACCUGCUAGGUUUUGUAACCUGUAAGGGGAGACUUCACCAUGGAGGAGGGUCAAUCCUCCUCCCCAAUACCUCCGGCAAUAGUUCCAAGCCGGAACCCUAACCCCAGUAAACCUAAAUAUAGUAGUUUUUUCGAUGAAUCCCAAGCUUCUUUUAAGAACCUGCAAUAUCAUCCAGAAUGCCGAGGCACCAAGGUUUCCAUCACGAAUGAAGAUGUGGCUGAGGAAGUGGCAUAUUGGCGAUCAUCUGUUAUUGGAUAUGUCAUGGGAAAAAAAUCGUACUAUCCAUAUUUUAAAAAUUUUGUGGAGAAAUACUGGUCCAAAGAUUUCACUUUAGUUUAUCUUAAGGAUGGAUUUUUUAUGGUGCAAUUCAAGACUGAUGAUGAUGUUCAGAAAGUGCUAUCCAGGAUACAUACAUUUGAAGGAUGGCCAAUUGAGCUGGAGAAUGAAGAAAAAGGUGAAUUGAAAUCACAAAAAGCUACUAGUGAAGAGAUUAUAAGAUCUUCUGAUAAGGAGCAAGAUAAUUUAGAGGGGCUGGAAGAUAUAAGGGACAAUGUAGCUAUUGAUAAGGGAACUACGAAUAAAGAGCAAUGUAAUAAAUUGGUUAGCAGUGGGGCUAUUGAAAUUGAUUCUCAAGGAGGGGGUAAAUCAAGACCAAGAAAGAAGCCUUUUAUCCCACAUUCAGACAGACUGACCAGAGGUAAACUUGUUGGCAGUGGUGUUGGUAUUUAUAUGCCCUGGCAUAGCAAAUUCCUAUUUUGAUUAAAGUGACAUAAGUUCCUGACGUUUCUGAAAUAUUUAUGUUUUAUAC